CGCAACUCAUCAGAGACGGAGAUGAGAGAUUAGACAAAAUUAAACUAACCUCAAAUUAUUUAUUUUUGUUGAUGUUCAGUGUUUGGUGAUAUUUUAUUUAUAUGAAGGGGAUAUAAUAUAAAUAAUUAAGUGAUUUUGGGUCUUUGAACUUUAGUAUUAGUGUUUUAUUAUUGUAAAGUUUAAAAUACAAUAAUGUCAGCCAUAUUCAAUUUCCAAAGUCUACUGACUGUCAUCCUGCUACUCAUAUGCACUUGUGCCUAUAUAAGGUCUAUAUUUCCAAGUUUGCUUGACAGAAACAAAGUUGGUUUGCUUGGCACAUUCUGGAAGUGUGCCAGAAUUGGAGAGCGCAAGAGCCCUUACGUUGCUUUCUUCUGUGUGGUGAUGGCAACUAGCAUCCUGCUCAAAUCAUGAUGUGUCCAAUCAAGACUUCCUUUCCAAUUUGUGUUUUCCUUUUGCUGUUAUUUUGUAAAUAAACAUUUUUAUAUAUAAA